AUGACCCCAACGUCUUCUAGCCAGGUGGCUGUCGUCGGAGCUGGACCAGCCGGACUCUUACUGGCCCUAAUAUUGGCUCAGAAUGGUCUCACAGUGACAGUCCUAGAAGCAAACGAGAAAGUCGAUGACAGACCGAGAGCACUUCUCUAUGGACCGGCAGCAUCCCAGGUCAUUCGACGUGCGGGAAUCAUCCACAAAGUCUUAGAGCGUGGAUUCUUGGUCAAGAGCAUGGCGUGGAGGAAGCUGGGUGGCGAAAAGAUCACUGAAAUUGAGAACAUCGACACCCUUGACGUUCCUGACCACAUGCUCGCGUAUCCUCUGAACUUGCUUGCCGAGAUUAUCGUCGCGGAACUCGCAGAAUUGCCCAAUGCAUCCAUUCAGUGGUCCCACCGAGUCAUUAAUGUAUCAGAAGACAAUGACAAGGUCUGGGCAGAAGUCGACUACCGAGGUGAGAAACGGAGUAUAGGGGCGGAUUUCCUGGUGGCCUGUGACGGUGCUCAAAGCGGCGUUCGGAAAGCGUUGUUUGGCAGGGAAUUCCCUGGCUAUAGUCUGGGAAAACAAAUGGUGACGACCAAUGUGUACUACGACCUCGAGAAGUACGGCUGGUCUGAUAUCCAGUGGACGAUCCAUCCUGAACACUGGUUCAUCUCAAUGAAGAUCACAAAGGAUGGAUUGUGGCGCGUCGCCUACGGAGAUGAUGCUUCGUUUUCCGAGGACGAGCUCAAGCAGAGACUUCCGGAUAAGUUCCGCAAGAUCCUUCCCGGGAACCCCGAGCCAGAUCAAUACAAGAUCAAGACCAUGGCCUCCUUUCGCAUGCAUCAAAGAUGUGCCCCGAAAAUGAAGGUCGGCAGAGUCUUACUUGGUGGAGAUGCGGCUCACUUGUGCAAUCCCAUGGGUGGUCUAGGGCUUACCGGUGGCAUCGCAGACAUGGGGAGCCUGACUGACUGUCUUCUCGGCAUCUAUUCUGGCCAGGCGGACAUAGACAUACUAGACAAAUACGACGAGAUGCGGCGGAGGAUCUAUCAAGACGUUAUCAAUCCGCUGUCUAUAACGAAUAUGGAGCGAAUGAGCAAGGACGCCGAAUGCGUUCUUGAAAACGACCCUUUUCUUCAGUUCGCCGCUGAAGCUGGUCAAAAUCCCGAGGUUGCUGCACAGAUGUUCAUGGUAUGUGACCUCCGACCUUCGAUUCUUCCGUCUGACAUUUGA